AUGCAAACACAAAAAGGAAAAGACAGCCUCUUCAUUAAUAUUAGGGAAAGGAUGGAAAAUCAUUGUCCAUUGCAGCUCAACACUUAUAAAGAUGACCUCAGGGUUGAUUUCUCUUUCCAGAAUCCAAGACAAGUUCCUCAUGGAUAUGUUUGGUCAAUCAAACUUGUGUGGGAAAAUAGAUAUUUCCAUGAUUCUCUACUGUCACUACCUAGGAAUGACAACCAAACCACUGUGACUGAGUUCAUUCUCUUGGGACUUUCCAAUGACCCACAAUUCCAAAUUUUAAUGUUUUUUGUGUUUUUGGUGAUAUACCUCAUCACCCUAAUGGGGAAUGGAGUCAUCAUGUUGGUGAUAAGAGCUGAUUCUCACCUUCAUACUCCCAUGUAUUUCUUCUUGUCUCAUCUAUCUUUUGUUGAUAUCUGCUAUUCUUCAGUCACUGUCCCCCAGAUGCUGGUGAAUUUAUUAGCAAAGCACAACACUAUUUCUGUCAGUGCUUGCUUUACCCAGAUCUUCUUCUUCCUUCUCUCAGGUACAUGUGAAUUAUUCAUUCUCUCAGCAAUGGCUUGUGACCGUUAUGCUGCCAUAUGUGCCCCCCUGCAUUAUGCUGGGGCUAUGAACAUAAGAGUGUGCAGGAUGCUAGUGGGUGUCUCCUGGACAAUGAGUGUCAUGGAUUCACUGGUAAAUAUGGUUACUUUAUUAAAGGUGAAAUUCUGUGGGCAAAAUGAAAUUGGGCAUUUUAGCUGUGAGCUUCCCUGACUACUAAAACUGUCCUGCUCUGGGGCAUUGAUCAACAAAACAGCUCUUUUUUCUUCCCUUGUGGUCAUUGCUUUUGGAAAUUUCCUCCUUAUGUUGGUUUCCUACAUCCAUAUCAUCUCUGCCCUCUUGAGGAUAAGCUCUUCUGAGGGGAGACAUAAAGCCUUCUCCACCUGCAGCUCCCACCUCAUUGUGGUGGGUUUAUUAUAUGCAACAGCUGGUUUUCAGUAUGUGAAACCAAGUUCCAUUUCUUCAGUGAUCAUAGAUCAAGUUUUCUCCAUCCAGUACAGCAUCUUGACCCCCAUGUUAAAUCCCAUCAUCUAUAGUCUGAAAAAUAAGGAUGUGAAAAUGGCUGUGGGCAGAAUUUAA